AUGGCUGCAGUGCCAAAUGACGACAAGCCAGAGCCCGUGCCGCUCGACGAGGCGGCCGUCGUUCCAGAGGUACCUGUCAAGGGCGAGGUCGAAGUUCCGUAUAGUAUCUACACCAACAGGGAGAAAUGGAUGAUUGUUGCCAUGGUGGCACUAGCAGGCUUCUACAGCCCUCUGCCAGCAAACAUCUACUUCCCAGCCAUCCCCACACUGGCUCGCGCCUUUGGCAAGUCGGCCGACGACCUCAACCAAACCGUUACCGUGUACCUUGUCUUCCAAGGCAUCAGCCCUAUGCUAUGGGGCCCCAUCAGCGACCGCUACGGCCGCCGUCUCGUCUACCUAGUCUGUCUAAGCAUUCUCGUCGCCUCCAGCAUCGGCCUAGCGCUAUGUCCCACCAACUCCUUCUGGCUGCUUCUGUUCCUACGAUGUUUCCAAUCGGGCGGUAGCGCCAGCACCAUUGCCCUGGGCGCGGGCGUCAUUGGCGACAUUUCGACGAGCAAAGAACGAGGCGGCUACUUUGGCAUGUUCAAUCUCGGUCCCAUGCUCGCGCCCUGCAUCGCACCCGCCAUUGGAGGUGCCUUGUCGCAGGGCCUCGGCUGGCGCUCCAUCUUCUGGUCCAUUGUCAUCAUGGUCGCCGUCUGCCUCUUGUGCAUUGCCCUCUUCCUCCCAGAAACACUGCGCUCCAUCGCCGGCAACGGCAGCAUCCCCGUGCCCCGCAUCCAACGCGCCAUCAUCCCCAUUGUUGGCCAAAAAGCCACGAAAGAGGCUUUCGACCCUGAGACGCGCACCAAGCCAAAGCACUCAGUCAACCCCUUUGUCCUCUUCACCUACCCAGACGUCAUCGUCCUGCUCACCUUCACGGGCCUAGUCUAUGCCGUCAACUACACCAUCACCGCCACCAUCUCCUCGUCGUUUGCCAAAAUCUACCCUCAGCUCUCCCAAACAGCCCUCGGACUAUGCUACCUCCCCGUCGGCGCAGGCAUGAUCAUCGGCUCCACGCUAACGGGCAAAAUGCUCGACUGGGAAUACGCACGCAUCAAAGCCCGCUGCGGCGACAACUUUACCAUUGAGCACGCCCGCCUCCGCAUCAUGCCCUUCUACCUCUCCCUCUUCAUCGUGUGCGUCAUAGCCUGGGGCUGGACCAUCCAGGCCCGAGCACACAUUGCCGUUCCGCUUAUCCUCGGCAUCCUGCUCGGCUGGACCUCCAUCGGCAUCCUCAACACCACCAUGACACUCAACAUUGACAUUCUGCAAUCCCGGAGCUCGGGCGCAACCGCCUGUACGAACCUCGUGCGCUGCUCGCUCGCCGCCAUCCUCGUCGCUGUCAUCGAUCGCAUGACAAGCGCCUGGGGCGACGGCUGGACAUAUACCUUGUGGGGCGCCAUCUGCUGUUGUUUGUUGCCGCUCAUGUUCCUCGAGAUCAGAAUGGGGCCAAAGUGGAGGAAGAGACGUGAGGCAAAGGAGCUGGAUAACGCUUGA